ACCCUUCCCUUUCAAAUGAUUACCCGCGAUUGGCAAAGGCAAUAGGUUAAGCUCUAAGGAUACGGCAAUGAAAGGAAAGAGCCCGAGCGGGGGUUUUGAGUUUCAUUGGUGCCCACUAUCCUCGGUAAACCCAACAGAAAAAUAUGCAAAAAAUAUAGUAAAAAUGACGAAACAGAAACACAUAUGCGUCAGUUUAGCACCAUACCACCUUCACCACCACCACCCGUUUGGAGGAUGCUCUGGAUAGUGUUUUGUUUUUUUUUUUUUUUAUUUUAAUUUUUGAAUCCCGAACAUCGUCUUUCGCCUCCUGGUGGACAGGGAAGAAGGGGUAGCUGAUUUUGGUCGUUUUGACGCGCUGUGCAGCACAAUGCCUUCUGCAGACUGCGGCAAUGUUUACGUGUUUAGUAGUUGGGGCUAACUGUGGGCGGAGAAAUACAGACACUUCUCGCCCGCCCUAUCCCCUUUCUCGGGGUGUCCAGGUUAACCUUUGUCGCUGGCUAGCUAGUAGUGCAGUUCUAAAAACUCCCAGGCGCAUUCGUCGCAGUUUCUACUAAAUGGCAGUAGAAAGAACAGAAAGUCCAAUAGCAGCGGGGGGAGGGAGGCGAAAGCGGAAGAUAGUUGAGUUCCGAUGUUUAGUGCAUGGGCAUGCCUCUAUUUAUGUAGGGGAUUGCAACUAUAAUUGUAUAAAGCGGCUAAUAAAACUAAUCAAGUCAGAAGAUAAGUGACGUGCUCACACCCCGUCGUAGGUAGUGUUUGAAUGCAUAUCCAUCUGCUGCGGUGUCGAGGAACGCGGCGCAGAUCUCACGCUCUCCGAUAGUAGUGGCAGAGAGUGAUUGUUUGUUGUUGCGGUUGCGAACCCCGAACCUUCAACGCUUGCUGGAUGUCUUUUCCUGUGUCCGGGAACCAUCCAUGGGCUCCUGGGGUUAUUUUGCGGGGGGUUUCCACUUCAUUGCAUUGCUCAGAGCAGUCGUAGUAGCAGCAGCGAGUGUGAGCCUGCCUCAUUAGCGGCCAGUUUUGUUUUCCUUUCUUUAUUACAAUCUUUCCUUUCCUUAACAUUAUUAACUCGCGUUGGUUGCUAGACGAGGAUAAUCCACAUUGGUUGCUUGCUUGUCGCUUGCCACAGCAGGUGCCCUGUUUUCAACCUGUGCAGAGCAUGGUUACGGCGACGACCAAGCGGGUUCUCAGAAAAGUGUAUACAUAUUUUUGGGACCCUGAUAUACUGAUGCUCUCGCAUAGUUCGAGCAUAAAGGCUAGCAGGGGAAAAGCGAGGGGAGAAGAACCCACAAGAAAGAAGAAUAGGAAGAUGUACGUUUAAUCAUUUGGUAAAUUAUUUUAAUAAGAACAAACAGGGGAGCCAAGAGGUAACGAGUGGUGCACCAUGCUUGGUGCCGGCUAGUACUCGUAGGACGUCUGAAUUACAUCUUGGUAGUAAAUAAACGUAUAAUUUAUACUAAAUAAAACAAAUUAAAGAUAUAUUAUGUAAAGAAAUUGCAUAUAAUCACACAAAAACACACAUACACACACACAAUCCAAAUCCACUCGGCCCCCCGUGUCUGCUGCGAAAGUAAAGUAGACUUAUUGGGGCAUUGGUGAACAGAGAAGCUAGGGGUUAAAAGUGGACGGAUAUUUAGUUUCCCUCUCUGGAGACUACACGAUGUACAUUCACUCAAGACUCUUUGGUAUCCGAAUUCCACUGGAUGUUGAUGCUCCAAUGCAGUAGUAUAUGCACCGAGUAAAAGCGUGAGCGCUACGAGGAACAAGAAAGGCUAAAAAAUAGAGGUUAAGAUACAUAGGUUGCUGUUGGGAAAGGUCGAGUGACCUUCUUCUCGCACCUUUGUCAGAAAACACAAACAUCUAGCACAGAGUGCAAAUGUGAGAGACUAGAGAGACAGAGAGAGAGAGAGAGAGAUAGAACUGGGGAAAAGGGAGAAAAUUCAGAGAAAAAGAAACACAAAAAAGAUGCUACUGAAAUAGUAUCAUGCUUAACAAAUUCAAGGUAAACGUCGUCUAAAAACUAGAAGUCGUCACAAAAGAAACAUCAGCAAAUUGGUGGCCAAUGGCGCCUUUGAUUAGUUCCAUUUCAAUUACAUACAGAGUGCACAGAGCAUACAUAACGUUAUAGACCGUUUUCAAUGCUACACCAGUUAUUCGGAAUUCUUUCGUAAAAUACUCCUUUAAAAUAUACAAGGCAGGCGGUAGAGGCGGUAAAUCGUCAGAGAACACCAAUCAAUCAACAGAAGCACAGUUAGUAAGAAACAGGGCAAAGAACAGACUACUGCUAUAGUUGGAACAGCACUCAAACACACAUAUACACACGCGAUAGAUAUUAAAAUGUGGUCUCAUGGUUGGGUCAGUUCACAUAGAAGUUUUAUAACCCGCUGCCCUUCUCUCCUUUCUUUCUGCCUCUCUCUCUCUCUCUCUAUCUCUCUCUUUCUCUCUCUGCUUCUCUUUCGCUCUUACUCGAGCUAACACACGAGAAAUAGUACUGUGGCAGCAACAGUGGAAAGUAGUAAAAGUGCAUUGUAUUGAUAGGACGAAAAAAAGUUUAAAUCAUAAGAUGAAGAUAAGAAAAGCAAAGUCGAAAAAACAGAAAAGACGAAGAAAGAGAAUUGUAAGUAAAUUACUCUAAUACUAUAAAUACUAUAUAUAUAUACAAAUAUAAAUAUAACUAUACACAAUUAUAUAUACACACAUAGAAGGUUAAACUCGUGCACAGGAUAUGAAUAAUACGAUCUGAUAUGAGGAUCACCGUUACUCGAAGGAUGAAGAAUGCGUAAAUUUGAGCGUGUAUGUAUGAGUGGGUGAAUCUGUUUGAUCGAGUGUAUGUAUGCGCGUGCGUGUGUGUGUGUGUAUGUGUGAGUGAAUGCGUAUGUAUGCUUGUGUAGGAAUAUUAACCCACAAAAUGAUAAGCGCAUCAGCAGUACGAAGAGAGAUGGGUAAACUGGUUCUUAUGUUUUUCAAAUUUACCGUCACAACAUGUGACUGUGUCCAACCGUGAUCGCCGCCAUAGUUGAUGCUUUGAUCGCCAGGAUUACGCCCUUUACUGAAUCUGUGCCCUUUACGACGCAUGUGUGGUUGAUAAGCAUAGUGUAUGCUGCUUGCACAGAUAACAACGUUGAAUCGCAGUUCUUUAUGGAUUAAUCGAAUCCACCUUCAUUCAACCACACAAGAGCAGAAGUCAUUUGUGGUUGUGGCGGCGCGAAUUCUGUAGCGUUUUGCAACGAGGAGCUAUUAAUACUAAUUCUAUUAUUAUUAUUAUUAUUAAUAUUAUUAUUACUAUUAAUAUUAAUAUUUUUGGUUUUGUGCGGAACGUGCGUACAGCUUUAGUUGCAAACUCUACCUAGACAAACUAUAUCGGGUUCGACUGCUGCAGUGUGUUGAUCUCGAUGGUAAAAGGUUGAAAAUAUACGUAUAUUGUUUUAUAUUA